AUGUGCUCAUCUUUUAUUGAGGUGCUCCUGUCCAACCAAGAGAAAAUCAGAGCCACCAUUGUAGAGUUCCAGUGCUGGGUACUGUCCAUUUUGAUACUGGUACAAACCAUUCAUGACCAUAAGGAAACAAAUGGAGGCGAGGACAAGGCAGAUUGUGACCAUUGUCUAAUAUGCAUUGACUGCCAAGGCUCCACAAAGGUGAUGACGAUCCGCACCCACGACAAUUGGUGCUCGCUCUACCAACAGAAGAAGCACCAUGCCUCAAAAAAAUGCAACAUCAACUUCCCUGGCCAGCUAGUCUAUCUUUUCGCAAUGGGAUACAGCAUCAAAUACCACAAGAAUGGAAUUAGGCGAUUAUGCAUCAAUUCGGGCAUGUUUCUUGCAGAUCGCACAUGCACCAGGAACCUCCUUCUGGCGUCUAAAGAUGGAAUGUUUUCUUUGUGGAGAACGUCAGUGCCUGAUUUAUACAUACAAGUUCUUGCUGCACCAUAUUGGGGGAAGACAUUCGAAAUGAUACUAGUGCUUCGGCGAAGCAUUGCAGCAGAUCUCUCCCGUCGACACGCUCAAAAUAUAUCGCUCAAUGAUAGAGAGAAUCAUUGUUGGACUGCAGCACCAACACGUUCUCCCGAAGAACCCUUGCUUCCUCCACAGAAGAGGACUCGCGAUGGAGAAACAUGUCCUGCCAACACAACACUUCCGUAUUUUGGGAGAGAGGAUGACUGGGAACUAAAGAUCUGA